AUGAUUGAAGCUCAAAACGUUGCGGAGUGUAUCAAAAAUAUUAAUUCAUUGAAAAUUAACCAUGGCUUAAUUAUAAGUGCUGAAGGAGUACGCCAUUCAAAAUUUUCGGCAUAUUCGCUAUGUUCGCAGUUUCAAGCCAGAAAAUUAAAUACGCCGCUUGGUAACUCUUUUCAGAUAGCGUUAAGGUUUUCUACUAAACAGAGAGAUUCUUUCUUGUUUAAAAACCAUAUUGAUCAUUCUGCUGUUGACUUGAAACAUUGUGACUGGAUAACUGUAAAAUCCACUGAAAACCCUUUAAUAAAUGAGUCACUUGUCAAAGAUGUAUGUUUGCAAAUACAAUGUUCGCAAUUGGAAUUAAUUGUUGAAAAAGACAAGAUAAAACCUUCAAAAGUAAUGGUUGCUAAAAUUAAAGAAGCUCUAAAUCAUUAUAACCCUUAUAAUGAAUUAAUGUCAAUUUUUGAAAUCUACGGACAAUUUCUUCCUAGAAAAUUUAUUCUUGGGCAUAAAAUAUGCAGAGUUACUCGUUUAAUUGUGGACGAGAGUCAUCCGGAUUCUAACUUUAAAGAAGGAGAACAGUCUGCCAAUUUCAUGACAGAAAAAUAUUAUGACAUUUUAAGUCAGUGGGAAAAACACAUAGGCGUAUAUGGUUUUGAUUCGUCUUACUUUAUGUCUGUUGACAGAAAAUUAAUUAUGAAAGAUGAAAUUGAAAUGUGGAUGAAAAAUUGUUCAAAAAAUGAUUAUGAAUCAUUGCAAAUAAUCAAUUGGAAUGAAUUUUAUCCAAUAUAUGAAAUAUUUGACGAACCGCUUUGUCAAGAAAUUAAAUCUAUUCUUGGAAUUAUUGAUCCUUCAAGAAGUUUAAAUGUCAAAGAAAGGUUGCUAUUUUCUGGAACAAUUCCGAUUAAAGAUCCUCAUUUUUCUUAUCGUGUAAAUUUUCCAAUUUGCUUUAAAUUCAAUGAUUACCAACUUUUUGGAAAACUAGUAAAACAAAAUGGAGAACCAGUCGAUAAACAUACGGAAUUACAGAUAGAAUGGAUAUUAAUCGGAAUACCUGCUAAAAUUGGAUUUUUUUGCAUGAAAACACGAAAUAUUCGAAUUUUAAGAUCGAUUAAUACCUCGAUUCCACUAAAUCCAAAUGAAAAUAAUUGGAAGAUUACAUUAGAUGUUCAAGAUAGCCUACCACAAAAUUCAUUUCUUGUUACUUCAUUUAAAUAUUCAUCAAAUUAUGAACGAAGUUUCGAAGUCGUUGCCCUAAAUUACCAAUAUAACGAAAAUAAAAUCGAACUUAAUUAUGCUGAUAACAAAAAUUUGAUAUCUUCACCUAUGGAAAUAUAUGAUUCUGAUGGAAAUAAUUUCAAGAAUUAUGACAUUAAUGGCGAUGAACCAAAAUGCUUAAUUCAAUGUUUUAUUCUUUUCUUAGAAAGUUGUGAAAAAUUAAUGGUUCAUUUGAAUGCUAUAGGAAAAUCUAUUAUUAGUCUUGAGAAAGAGAUAACCAGCAAGCUACAAAAGGUCGAAAUAAAUUCACUUGAAUCUCAGUCGGAAAAUGUUCUGACGAAGCAUGUAAAUUAUGAUUCACCAUCAAGUUCUGAAAAAUUAAUGGUUCAUUUGAAUGCUUUAAGAAAAUCUAUUAUUAGUAUUGGGAAAGAGAUAACCAGCAAGCUACAAAAGGUCGAAAUAAAUUCACUUGAAUCUCAGUCGGAAAAUGUUUUGACGAAGCAUGUAAAUUAUGAUUCGCCAAAAA